CUUCCACAAAAAUACCUGCGACGCAUGACAAAGGCUCAAAUAAGAGUACGAUAGCGUCGCAGGUAUUUCAACAAAUUGCUAUCUAUACUUCCUCCCCCACUAACGAAACCCCAGACCCAAAAUGUCCCACGAAGCAGCUCUUACAUCCUCCGCCGCGCAAGCAAUUGCUCCCGACCUCUUCCCACUCCGCACACCUCCCACACCAUCUCAAAUCGAAGCGGGCAUUAACGCUUGUCUCGAAGUACAGCGUCGUGCCGUCACGCAAGGAAAACGUCCUUUUGCUGCUGUUCUCCUAGGGCCAGAUAACGAAACUGUGCUUCUUUCACAUCAAAGCAUCGAUCAAGUAAAUCAUGCCGAGAGCUCCUUGGCACGACUAGCCUAUUCGCAUUAUAAGAAAGAAUAUCUGUGGAGAUGCACGUUGAUUAGUACGUGGGAGCCUUGUGCUAUGUGUUCUGGUACGUUGUUGUCCAUAUCGAAGUUGGAAGUUCAAGUAACUCAUAAUAUGGUGUAGCGACGAUUUAUUGGGCACAUAUUGGACGAAUUGUAUAUGCGGCGACGAAUGAACAAUUGGCAGGUCUGACGGGACCGGGGAAUAGAGAAAACUUUACGUUGAAGUGGCAUACGAGGGAUAUUUUGGAGGGACAGCAGAAGGAUAUUGAGAUUAUUGGGCCGGUGGAGGGGAUGGAUAAGGUGGUUGUGGAGGAGAGUGAUAGGUAUUGGAGUACAACUAGAGCUCAUACAUGAUUGAGAUGCAAUCCAAGUAUUUGAGCUGUGGUCGGAUGAUGUACUUGAAAGAUCUCAAAGGGGACCAUUGUAAAUGUUCCCGUUUUGAUGCAAGUGAAUUUCCUAUCUUUGGAGGAAAGCUUCAUUGCUUGCUGUGGAACAUUUAUGGAAUAUUUUCUUCGUAAAUAUUUAUGGCUCUUCAAAGUGGAGAGAGUAUUUUUGCUUGUUGCAUAUGCAGUUAGACUGCCGCAAAAAGCUAAUAAUAAUUCCAACUGCAUCCGACUACAUCCAAGUCCC